UUGAAGAUGACAGGGGAAGAAAAAGCUCAAGCCACAAAUCUUACUACUACUUCCGGCGCUUGAAGAUGAGGCUGUAUAGCUCAGACAGAUCUAUGACGUUGAGCAGAUAUGUUGGAAUUGAGGACGAGCAUGGGAAGAGAAUGAAGGCAAUUGAUGUCUUCAGCAUCUGCAUCAAAUAUUUAGCAGAGGAGUUUACGAAGCUUGGAAGAAACAGGAUACCAGAUUUGACCGAAGACGAUGUCCACUGGGUAUUGACAGUUCCUGCAAUUUGGUCUGACAGUUCAAAGCAGUUCAUGCGAGUCGCAGCUGAGCUAGCUGGGCUAGACGGAAAUCGCCUUACGAUAGAUCUUGAACCAGAAGCAGCAUCGCUGUUUUGUAUGCGUGUGCCGAGCAAGAGCCAAGCAGAAGCGUCCACAACAGUGUCACAGUUUCAAGAAGGGAUCAAGUACAUGGUAGUUGAUGCAGUAGAAAGCACUGUAGAUGUUAUCGUGCACGAGAUAGUUGGCGACAAAAAGCUGAAAGAACUGACGUCGGCCAGCGGAGGGCCAUAGGGUGGUACAAUGGUUGACAACGAAUUCGAUGCUUUCAUGGAGACAAUUUUCGUUUUGUAGGCAAAGACUUCUACCGGUUUAAAAACGAAUGAGUAGGUGAUUACACUGAUCUUCAUAGAGAGCUUGAACUGAAAAAGAGGAACGUAAAUUCAAAC